AUGAGCAGAACUGUCGGAUUUAUUUCAGUGGUUGCUGUGAGCUUCAUAACAGGAUUAUUUCUGAGUUGGCUUUUAGCUAAGCGUGGUUGUUACUCUACUAACCGAAGUAAAUGCUCAUUCACAAUUUUAGACGAAACUGAAGAAGAAACUGAGGAAGAGGAUGAAGGCGUCGAUGUUGAUUCUUCAGAAUUGAACCAAAUAAGCGGUGAGGUUAGAAUGACCUUAGUGGUUCGCCAAGACUUAAAAAUGGGGAAAGGAAAAGGUGCUGCUCAAUGUUCUCAUGCAACCCUAGCGUUAUACAAAAAAAUGAGUAAUCCUCAGUCUCCAGCUUAUAAUCCUGAGAUGCUUACAAGAUGGGAAUACGGUAAUGGACAAGCUAAAAUCACCCUUCAAGUUCCUGACCAAGAGGGGAUGGAUACUUUAUUUGCGCAGGCCAUUUCACUCGGAGUAAAUUGUUAUAUAGUCCAUGAUGCAGGUAGAACCCAAGUGGAAUCUGGGUCAGCAACAGUAUUAGGCCUCGGACCAGCCCCUAAAGUAGUUUUAGAUCAAAUUACUGGAGAUUUAAAGCUUUACUAA